UAGGAGUUGGAGGGACUGAGAAGCCGAGCUGUGAAAUGGCGGUAGCAUCUUCCUCCUCGUCGUCAUUGUCAUCGCCGGUACGGUGGUGGAGGACGGCGUUUCUGACCGUGAGAGACGAAACCCUAACAACUCCUCUGCGCACCCCAAUCCCCGAACUCCUCCACCAUUUCAUCUUCUCCCAUUCUCACACUCUCCUCUCCGCCGCUCCCUCCCUCCCUCCCCAGGAAGUUACCUCCGAUUUGCUGUUCGUCAUGGAACUCAUCACCACAAGGCCUCACGGCAUUGAAGACAUGACCGCUACCUUCACUCACACAACUCACUUGAUCCACGACAUCUCCCAUCGUCUUCCUCUUGAGAUCAAUUCAGCUUCGUGGACUCUCAUCCUCGACGCUUUUAACAAAAUGCUUCGAGUUUUCGUCAGCUCUUCGACAUUCACCCCCGUUAUGGAAGCUCUACAGACCCUAAG